UCGCUGAUUGCUCGCAAGACGGUCAACCUGACACAUUCGUAUCGUGAACAGCAGUUCAUAGCUGUUUAUGGCUGAAUCAGAUUCGACCUCGUGGGAGUCUUUUCUUUGAAACCGAAAAUGUUAUGGUAAGGUACAUCUUUGUACUGAAAUCUGCACAUCAUGGGCAACCUCGGCGAUGAGCGCCUGACCGAGGCGCACUGUUUGUGGGCCCUGUGUUCACAUCCGUGCUGCUGGGAGGCCGAGCGGCGCGUCGUUAAAGGGCUUCCUCGCCGCGCCGCCGGGGCCCCCACUAAGCGUUGUACUGUCGAUGAGAGUCUGCCACGUCUGAGCGUGGUCGAUGUUUCGGAUUGGGCUGGCAGAACAGAGCACCCUGAGCGGAGGCUCCUGUGCAAGACCGUUGGUUCACGCAGAUCUGUACCGGAAGGUUCUGCCUACAAUUUUCCCUGGUCACCUCUGCGUCCACAGAAGGAGAAGUUUAAAAGUGCAGGUCCUGCCCUCCCUGUUCCUAGUUCAGUAGGUCCCACAGCACACACCAGUGGCACCAAAGACAAGGGAGUAAAGUUGAACACAGCUCAGAUCGGCCCUCUGAUUGGUUGUGAAUCGCCGUGGGGAUUAGGCUCCUUAGUCUUGUGGGUCCCAAACCCUCGUCGGAUACCGGAGAGUCUUACCCUGAAGAGGGCAAAAUCUCCACACUGUGCAGUGAAGGAGAUCAUCUGUCUCCCAGCCUGUCUGCCACAGAAGACUCCUAAAGUGAGUGGCAAAUCUGAAGGAGUGAAGAAAAGCGUGCGUUUCCAGCUGCCCUUGACCUCUCGUCCCAGGCGCCAAGCCAGGUUCGCCUCUCUAGAUCAGAGCGCCGCCCUAGAGGCUCAGCUUGACUCAGCCACAGUCAGCAGUGGCAGUGAUGAAGAGGAGGCAGGCAUCAUCACUGGGCCCAGCCAUCCACCCACUGAGUGCGGAGCCCCCAGAGAGAGCAGUUCCUUCCUGCUGAGGAACACGCCUGUAGUGCUCCACUGUGGCCAGGAGAGGGCAGCCAAGAGAGCAAGCAAAGUUGCUCCAGCCUCCCUCUACAAACUGGACAGCAAGACUGGCAAGGAGCAUGUUGAUUGGGAGAACCUGAAAGGGCAGGCGUACCUGUGGAAAAGGCAUAACAUCCCUCAGCAGAAAGAGUGCAGGGACAGAUUUUGUCCACCAGGGGCCGCCAAAACUCUGGAGACUCCUGGCCUGUGCACUGCUUCUAAAGUGAGUUUUCAACCCCCGCUCCGAAGCCAAGCAUCUGGAGCGUGGUACUGUAUAAAGGGGAUAUGGCACUAUCAGCAGGAGUGUCAGCCUAGCACAGCAGCAGAGACACACACACUCCCCACUAUGUUUGACACUACAAUGGAGGCCGAACACAGUCUUCUGCACAAAGUGCUAGACACAGGUGAGAAGAGUGAGAGACAGAAGGGCAGUAAAGAUUCCGUCACGCCCUUUAACUCUGCGCUCUACUGCAGGUGCCCCGCACAGGCACAGCAUGAUGGUGAGUGUGAGGGCCCAGUGGUGCAGGCUGCUCUUGCUUUCACAGGCGAGGCUGUUCCCUGUUCUUGUGCUGGCCCGGCCCACAGUCUGAGCCUCCUCAGUGGGCCACUAGAGCCCUGGAGAGGGCUGAGCUCCACAGACAGAGGCCCGGAACACAAGGGCCACCGGCUACCCCCGCCCAGCAUCAGAUCACUGUAGCGAGUGCACACAAAAUAAAAGCAGUUUGUUUUGUU